CCCGGGAGUGUCUCUUUAAACACAGGGCGUACAGAAGAUUUCCGAUCGUGGUUUCAGCGGAUUAGCUCCUGAGCUGCGCAUCCGCGGCUACAUCAUCUCAGCUGAUCCUUGGAUCCCGCCGGACGGACACAAACAAGCCGUGUGUAAACGCGAGGAACAACUCGGCGCGAUGGAUUUCAACAUGAAGAAGUUGGCUUCUGAUGCGGGCCACUUUUUUAACCGGGCUAUGCAGUUCACAGAGGAGAAGCUUGGCCAAGCUGAGAAGACUGAAUUAGACGCUCACCUGGAGAACCUGAUAGCUCGGGGCGACUGUACCAAAAACUGGACAGAGAAGAUCUUGAGACAAACAGAAGUGCUGCUACAACCAAACCCAAGUGCACGAAUAGAGGAGUUUAUAUAUGACAAGUUGGACAAGAAGAUCCCAUCGCGGACCACCAAUGCAGAGAUACUGGGUCAUUUCAUGCUUGACGCUGCUCAGGAGUUUGGUGCUGACUCUCCUUAUGGCAGCACACUGAUCACUGUGGGAGAGUACCAGAAGAAACUGGGGUCAGCUGAGCGAGAGUUUCUCCAGACCUCAUCAGCCUUGUUUCUCACUCCACUGCGAAACUUCUUGGAGGGAGACUGGAGGACCAUAUCUAAAGAGAGGCGACUUCUGGAGAAUAGGCGAUUGGAUCUAGACAUCUGUAAAGCUCGAGUGAAAAAGGCCAAACAGGCAGAAGCAAAAGCAGCCGCUGCACCAGAUUUUCAGGAGACAAGGCCACGAAAUUAUGUCCUCUCUGCUAGUGCAUCAGCGCUGCUGAGUGAGGAAGUGGACAAAGCUGAGCAUGAGCUUCGUGUGGCCCAGACAGAGUUUGAUCGUCAAGCAGAAGUCACCACACUGCUCCUUGAAGGCAUCAGCAGCACACAUUUGAACCACUUGCGCUGUUUGAAGGACUUUGCCGAGGCCCAGGCUACAUACUAUGCCCAGUGUCAUCACUAUAUGCACGAGCUUCAGAGGGAGCUAAACAAAUGUGCAAAUUCAGUGAGUGUGGCUGCCGCUCCAAACUCCACAGCAGUGUGCCCUAACCCCGUUUCCUCUGCGUUCAUGUUGGAUUCUGGUUCGUCCUCCUCUGCUGCUCCGGGAUCGUCCUCGUCCAGCCUGACCCCAAGACCCAGCCCAGUGCAACUUACAGGCACAGGCACCAGGAAGGCUAAGGUCUUAUAUGACUAUGAUGCUCACGAUACAAGCGAGCUAUCUCUAUUGGCUGAUGAGAUAAUCACUGUUUACACUGUUCCUGGUAUGGACCCGGACUGGUUAGUUGGAGAACGUGGGAAUGACAAAGGCAAAGUUCCUGUCACAUACCUAGAAUUACUAAGCUAAUGGACUUAAAACAAAGAUACAUAACUGAUACAAAUGACCAGCUUUCACAUUCAAAUAGGCCUCCCUACAGCUGUGAUGGUUGACUCAGUUAAUUAUCUCUGCAGUCCAUAUACAUAAGAGGACAACUACACAAAUUACUACAGCUCAUCUAGGGUCCAGAAAGAGGCCAUAUUUGCGUUUAGACAUUUUCUUUUCCUUCCUAUUGUCUUACAGAAUAGUAAGUCUCGCAAAUAUGGCCAUUAAAACUCUAAGGCAAUAUGAAGCCUCUAGAAUUUCAAGCAUUUUUUUUUGUUUCUUAAGCUCUGGUCUUCAUUCACACAACUCUUAACAAUCCAUCUGUGAUCUCCAUAGCAUGUAAUAGACAUAACUCUCAAUUUAAAUCUAUGACAAGACACGGGCACUAUAUAUGUGACCAUACUUUUAUGGUUAAAGGCGCUGUUGCACUCAAAUACAAUACUGUUUUCAACUACUUUUGUACAGACAGGGCCAUGGGUGGGCUACACUGUAUAAUUUAAUUUAAAUUCAAGUUUGUUUUUUUUCCUGCAUUCGGUAAAAAAACACACCCCAAGCUGACAAAGCUGAGGUUUUUAAGUUAAGUUACACUUCAUUUUAUUUAUACAAAGUGUUGAAAAUCUUAAAUCGUUGCUUUCAAGGAGCUAAAUCCACUGACUGAGAUGUAUGAUGUAUUUUUGUGAUCGCUCAUGAUGAUGAGGAACCCUAUCUUGUAUGAGUUGAUGUACUAAGAAUAGAAGAAAUAAGUGACUGAGUUGUGCAAUAAGUGUGAGACAUAUUUGAGAAAUUGUGUGAAGUUACAAAGAUCACUUGUGAUUCUGAGUUUUGCCGGGCCAGCUAGACCGUCAUCACCAUAAUUCAACUCAGUGAUGUCUGGAGUAAUAGAGCCCCCUGGCAAAGUAUCAUUAAAAUUGAGGGUAAACUGAACCGUACAUUUGUCGCAUGCAGUUUGUGAUAUUCACAGUUUGGUACAAUGUCGGUAGAGUGUAAACUAAAUUAUGUGUGAAUGUGUGGGGUUGUAUAUUUUAAUGAAGUGGCUUUUGUUCAUGUCACUUUUAUGUCUCUUAUUUUUUUAUAUGUGUGUGGAAAUUAUUUUGGUGUUGUCAUCCUCACUGUUCUAAUAUGUAAUAAAAUGCAUGUGUGGC